CGCCAUUACUUUAUAGGAAAUGCGAUGCUAUGUGUUUCAAGUGACACGUCUGUCUAGAUGAGAAAGAUUAACAUUCCUCGGUAGCGCAUCGGGGCAUGGGGAAUAUAAUAGCGAUAAAAAUACCACGGACUGGAUCGGAGAACGUCAGCGGUUCAUCCAGGAGUUGUUGAUUUCAACGCUUUUUUUACGUGAUCCUCUUCCCGGCUUUUCCGUAGAAAACACCGAGUAGCCAUCGUUACCGACGUCGCUCCGCCCCCGAUCACUGCAGUUCCCCAGAAACGCCGCGGAUUCCACCUCUGCACGGGACCCUCGGCGAAAUUAACUCACCGGACGCGCGUUUUUUUCCCCGCGUGGCGAUUAGCGGCGACUCCAAAAGCGUUCGCGAAUGAUGUCCUGCGCGGAUUAAUGAGCGGACUCUGAGCGCAGGACGCCCCUUCUGGACGCUUCUUCCACACUACGCGCACGAUGGAGCCGUCGUUACGGACGCUUUUACUAUCAAAAGCCCGCUGCUGGGACCCUGACAGCGAGAGGUCGUAUCAGGACCUGUUUGACAGAAUCGACACCAAUAAAGAUGGGAAGGUGGAUGUCGCUGAGUUACGGGAGGGCCUCGUGGCAAUGGGCAAAUUCCGACAGGGUGCUGCACAGAAAAUCGUGUUGUCCGGCGACCACAACAAGGACGGGAGUCUGGACUUCAACGAGUUCACCAAGUACCUGAAGGAGCACGAGAAGAAGUUGCGGCUGACGUUCAAGGGCCUGGACAGGAACAAUGACGGACGCAUCGACGCCUCCGAGAUCCAGCAGAGCCUGACGGAGCUGGGCAUCGCCAUCAGCAGAGAGGAUGCUCUGAAGAUCCUACAGAGCAUGGACAUCGACGGCACCAUGAUGGUGGACUGGAACGAGUGGAGGGAACACUUCCUGUUCUACCCUGGCCAUAACCUGGAAGAGAUCAUCCGCUACUGGAAGCACACGUCGGUGCUGGAUAUAGGGGACAGUCUUGCCAUCCCAGAUGAAUUCACAGAGGAAGAGAAGCGAUCUGAUGACUGGUGGAAGCAGCUGGUCGCAGGUGCUGUUGCGGGGUCCGUCUCACGUACCGGCACCGCUCCUCUGGACAGGAUGAAAGUCCUGAUGCAGGUGCACUCUUCUAAGAACAACAAGAUCGGUCUGAUUGGAGGUUUCAGGCAGAUGGUCACAGAAGGGGGAUUGUCUUCGCUGUGGCGAGGGAAUGGAAUCAACGUUCUAAAGAUCGCACCUGAGACGGCGAUCAAGUUCAUGGCGUACGAACAAUACAAGAAGUUGUUAUCGCCCGAUGGGAAAAAGACCAAAACGCACAAGAGGUUCAUGGCCGGAUCUCUGGCCGGGGCCACGGCACAGACAGCGAUUUACCCCAUGGAGGUGUUGAAGACCCGACUGACCCUGAGAAAGACGGGCCAGUAUUCAGGAAUGUUUCACUGUGCGAAGACGAUCCUCAAGAAUGAAGGCGUCAAAGCGUUCUACAAGGGCUACGUUCCAAAUCUGCUGGGCAUCAUUCCCUACGCUGGCAUCGACCUUGCUGUUUAUGAGAGUCUAAAGAACGCCUGGUUGUCCUAUCACACAAAAGACUCGGCCAACCCGGGAGUGCUGGUGUUGCUGGGCUGCGGGACCAUCUCGAGUACCUGUGGCCAGCUGGCCAGUUAUCCACUCGCUCUCGUACGCACACGGAUGCAGGCGCAAGCGUCUUUGAACGCGUCAGACCAGCCCUCCAUGAGUUCUCUGAUGAAGACGAUCGUAGCCAAAGAUGGGUUUUUCGGACUCUACCGGGGCAUCCUGCCAAACUUCAUGAAAGUCAUUCCUGCUGUCAGCAUCAGCUAUGUGGUUUAUGAGUACAUGAAAACGGGCCUAGGAAUCUCCAAAUGACGCCGCGCGGAAGUAAAGAAGAACAUUUAUUGUAUUUGUCAAGACUUGAAAAUGCUUGAAAUAGCUCCAAACAUACAGAGCAUGCCUUCCACCAGCUGGCCCAGAAGUUCAGUGGAUGGAAAACUGUAUGUAUCCCAAUAAGGGUGGCGUGUCAGUGGCUAAAGCAUGAAUGAUUAGUAGUGAGCAUGCUUUCAUUUGUAUCCUCAUAUUAAAUGUAAGACACUCCUUAAUUUCUACGCUGUCCAAAACAAUACUUGAUGAUAGCUCUGUAUUUAAAGGUACAUAUGGAAAACAGAAAACAAAAAAACUGCUGUUACUCUUCUGAAACUGUGAUCAAACCAAACCGGGAGGUCAGCGGUGCCGUCUCGCUUUGUGUGAACAAAGGCAGCGUUUCUACGAAGUAAAUGCAUAUUUAUUUUGAAUAUACGUCUGCACUAAUAGAGCAAAUGCUCCCGCCCCAGAGCGACAAACUAUGCUCCAGCCAGCAGCUGACCUUGAAAAAUCACUUGUUAACACUGGAUUCCUGUGUAUGAAGGCAGAGUGAAAAUAAUCAAUAUCACAUUCUUUGUUUUGAAAUUGUUUAAAUGUGCCUUAUAGACUCGCAUCAGCAGAUGUAUGCUGUAAUUCUGGUUUGUAUUUAUCUGUCUUAAGUUAUGAUUAUUUAUGGGUUUUAACGAUGCUUGCUACUAUGUAACAUAUUAACUCAGUUAUUUAGUUACUUGACUGAAACACUGCAAGGAGCAUGUUUUUACCUUGUGCCAGUUUAUUUCACCCCGUGUUCAUUCUCACAGCGGCUACUUGUUAGAAAUUACACUUUGCUGCUCUGUCUUUUAAACAACCCAAGACUGAAAACUAAACAAGAAAGUCAUUAUUCAAUAGUAAACACAUAAACAGGAUCCCAAGAAAACAAUGAGACUGUCAUUGUGAAGGUGAACAUGGGUCACUUUAACAAGGAAGUUUGCUGAGGACUUAUUUGAGAACAAUGGCCCAUUUGUGUUCUGUCCCUCAAAGCUCACUAGUUAGAUAGGAAAGGGUUGUUAUUGUUAUGGGUUAACAGCGCCACCUACUGGUUAUUAACGUUAAUAAAGUUUGAAUGCUAA